AUGGCGCUGAGGACGGCGCUCCCAGCUCUGCCCCGGGCCUUCGCGUCCCGGCAGCGGCUGGCCACGCGCGCCUCGUCGGCCCGGCUGGAGGAGGAUGGCGCAGCUCGCCCCAACACCCGGAGCGCCCGCGGGGCGUUCGACGGAAUUCCCGGCCGGGACGACGCGGCGGGGGCCAGCUCCGGCUCCAGCCGGAACGCCCUCGUCGAGUGCGCGCGGCGCGGGAUGGGGCGGGAGGCGCUGGGCCAUUUCUCGGCCGCACGGCGCCUCGGCGGCGAACACCUCGACGGCGCCAUGCUGUCCUGCGCUCUCAAGGCGUGCGGGGCGAUGCCGGGCGGCUGCAGGGCCAUCGGGGAGCAGCUGCAUUGCCUCUGCGUCAAGUGCGGGCUCGACCGGGCCGACGUCGGAGUCGGCACGGCGCUCGUCGACGCGUACACGAAGUGCGGUGGCGUGGAGGACGGGAGGCUGGUGUUCGAGGGGAUGCCAAAGAGGAACGUCGGCACAUGGACGUCGUUGCUCACUGGUUAUGCGCAGGCCGGGGCGCACUCGGACGCCAUGGCGCUCUUCUUCAGGAUGCGCGCCGAGGGGGUAUGGCCUAACCCGUUCACGUUCACGAGCGUCCUCUCCGCGGUGGCGGGCCAGGGCGCGCUCGAGCUCGGGCGGCGCGUGCAUGCUCAGUCGGUCAAGUUCGGAUGCCGCUCGACCGUGUUCGUUUGCAAUUCCCUGAUGAACAUGUACGCAAAGUGCGGGCUGGUUGAAGAAGCCAAGGCUGUGUUCUGUGGCAUGGAGACCAGGGACAUGGUGUCGUGGAACACGUUGAUGGCAGGCCUUCUGUUGAAUGGGUGUGAGGUGGAGGCCCUGCAGCUGUUCCAUGACUCGCGAGCAAGCAUGGCGAAGCUGUCACAGUCGACCUACUCGACGGUGAUCAAGCUAUGUGCAAACCUCAAACAGCUGGCCCUGGCACGGCAGCUCCACAGCUGUGUGCUAAAACAUGGGUUCAGUUCAGAUGGCAAUGUCAUGACAGCCAUUAUGGAUGCCUACAGCAAAUGCGGUGAACUGGAUGAUGCUUUCAACAUUUUCUUGCUGAUGCCAGGAUCUCAGAGUGUCGUUUCAUGGACUGCUAUGAUAGGCGGGUGCAUUCAGAACGGUGAUAUUCCUCUUGCUGCCUCACUCUUUAGCAGAAUGAGAGAAGACAAUGUCAAGCCAAAUGAAUUCACCUACUCGACGAUGCUCACAACAUCACUGCCAGUCUUGCCUCCCCAGAUUCAUGCCCAGAUCAUCAAAACCAACUACCAGCAUGCACCGUCUGUUGGGACUGCACUUCUUGCCUCAUACUCAAAGCUUGGAAGCACUGGAGAAGCCCUCUCUAUAUUUGAAACCAUUGACCAGAAGGACGUUGUUGCAUGGUCUGCAAUGUUGUCGUGCUAUUCCCAAGCUGGCGACUGCGAUGGUGCCACAAAUGUGUUCAUGGAGAUGUCCAUGCAAGGCAUGAAGCCAAAUGAGUUUACUAUCUCUAGUGUCAUCGAUGCAUGUGCUAGUCCCACCGCUGGGGUUGACCAGGGUAGGCAGUUCCACGCUGUUUCGAUCAAAUACAGAUACCAGGACGCUGUCUGCGUGGGCAGCGCACUUGUCAGCAUGUAUGCAAGAAAAGGGAGCAUUGACAGUGCUCGAAGUGUCUUUGAGAGGCAGACAGAGAGAGACUUGGUGUCAUGGAACUCGAUGAUAUCAGGGUAUGCGCAGCACGGUUACAGCAAGGAGGCCCUUGAUACAUUCUGUCAGAUGGAAGCUGCAGGCGUCGAGAUGGAUGGCGUCACAUUCCUCGCGGUUAUCAUAGGAUGCACUCAUGCUGGACUUGUACAAGAAGGCCAGCGAUACUUCGAUUCCAUGGUUAGAGACCACAAGAUCAGUCCCACCAUGGAGCAUUAUGCGUGCAUGGUGGAUCUCUACAGCCGCGCAGGCAAGUUGGAUGAAACAAUGAACCUUAUCGGAGACAUGCCUUUCCCAGCGGGUGCAAUGGUAUGGCGCACACUGCUAGGCGCAUGCAGAGUUCACAAGAAUGUUGAGCUUGGGAAGCUGGCCGCAGAGAAGCUGCUAUCGCUUGAACCGCUCGAUUCGGCUACAUACGUGCUGCUCUCCAACAUCUAUGCGUCCGCAGGGAGGUGGAAAGAGAGGGAUGAAGUGAGGAAGCUCAUGGAUUCUAAAAAGGUGAAGAAGGAAGCUGGAUCCAGCUGGAUUCAGAUCAAGAACAAGGUCCAUUCCUUUAUAGCCUCCGACAAAUCGCACCCUCUGUCCGACCAGAUAUACGCAAAGCUGAAGGCGAUGACAGCCAGGUUGAAGCAGGAGGGUUACUGUCCGAACACGAGCUUUGUGCUCCAUGACAUGGCAGAAGAGCAGAAGGAAGCCAUGCUGGUCACGCACAGUGAGCGGCUGGCUCUUGCCUUUGGUCUGAUAGCUACACCACCAGGGACGCCCCUACAGAUUGUCAAAAACCUGCGGGUCUGUGGGGACUGCCAUGUGGUGAUGAAGAUGGUGUCGGCGAUUGAGGACAGGGAGAUCAUCAUGCGAGACUGCAGCAGGUUCCACCACUUCAAAUCUGGUGCCUGCUCUUGUGGUGAUUUCUGGUGA